GCCAUGUCGCCUGUGGUGUCAUCACCCUUCAGAGAUUUAUAGGAAACUAUGUCAUCCACCAUAAGGAAACUGUUUGGUGCGUUUAAUUGGAAUCAUUUCCAAAUUUUAUUUUCCAAUAUGCGAAGAACAAAACCAAGGCUUUAUGCUAUCAGAGUGAUCGGUGGAGCAACUGCAUUAACUUUUUUAUGUGUUGGUGGUUUAAGUAGAAAUUUUUAUCUAGUUCCAAGUGUGUCAGCUAAAAAAGGUAAACAUGCAACUGAAAUGAAACUAACUGCCACUGAAAAACGUUUCAUCAAGUUUGCAUCGACAGAGCAUGAUGGCCAACUUUACAUGACACCACAAGAUUUCUUAGAAUCUGUUAUACAUAGAGAACCCAGACCAAGAAUCCAUAGGAAGAUACUUUCUGAUAUGGAAAUGCAUCAUAUAAAAGAUUACACACAAACUGUGGAAAUGGGCUCAACAAGACUGUUCAGAGACAUUCAUCAACACGGCAUUAUUUCAUACGUAGAGUAUCUUUUUUUGCUGUCUAUAUUGUACAAAGCACACACGCGCUUUGAAAUCGCUUUCAACGCUUUUGACAGAGACGGAAAUGGGGUAGUGGAUCUGAACGAAUUUUGUAUAAUCGAAAAGAUUUUUAGUGAUACAUGGAAAGAAAGAAAGGAGAAGGUGAAAGUAAAAGAAAUAGAGGAUGAAGACUCUGGAGAAAUUGACGAAAAUGAAGCAUUGCAUAAGGAACAUAAUGUCGCCACAACGCUUAAGCUACAUUUCUUCGGACAGGAUGGCACAUCAGUUUUGAGCUUCGACAGUUUCAAAAAGUUCAUGAGAGAUUUGCAAACGGAAUUGUUGGAAGUAGAGUUUCUUGAAUUUUCUAGAGGUUUUGAAUUUAUAUCUGAGAUAGAAUUCAUGAGACUCAUUCUGAGGUACUCUUUCCUUGAUAUUAACGAGUUUGAUGAAUAUCUAGACGAUCUUUUGGAGAGAAUUCAGGAGCCCAUAGGCAUUACGUUCCGCGAAUUCAAGGAUUUUUGUGACUUUUUGAAUUCCCUCGACGAUUUUACUUAUGCUAUAGAUUUUUACAUGCCUGUGCGCAAAGGCAUCCACACAUUUGAUUUUCAAAGAGCAGUGAAAGUGAGCACAGGAAUUGAUUUGAGCACACAUUUAGUUCAAGCGGUAUUCGCCAUUUUUGCGUCUAAGGAUGGACUGUUGGAUUUUGAUGAUUUCAUGGACAUUGCAAGAGACAGACAGAAAAGAGUAUUUCAGACACAUAACAAAACGUAUGGCUGGGAAGGAUUUAAGGCUUGCGUGAGAGAAGAGAUGAACAAAACCAAAACUAAUCCAAGAUGGAAAGAUAAACUGAAGCACCAUAAGAAAUAAGUAUCCUGAUGACUCGUUUGGAAAGUCUAUGAUUGUCAUCGUUAUAUCCCACAAAUAAACAAAAAGUUUUCAA